GGUGCCGAAUAAUGCGUCAUUUGAAUCGUCUCCGGUGAUGGAAUCGGUUGAGAGUUUGGGUGAUCCGCAGGAACAAUCACGGCAAGUGGAAAAACUAACCGAAGAUCGUGAAAUGGAGCAAACCACUGUGGAAGAAUCUAGUGCACCAACACCAACCGAAGUUGAGGCAGAGCAGCGCACUCCAGAAACGUCAGCGGCGGCAGAGGUUGCGGCAAACGAUGACGCAAUUGAGCCACCCAAAUUUCUGUUCACGGCCAUGGAGAAAGUCGCCACAAAUGAGGGCUUCACGCCUGGAGCAUUUAAGAUCGAAUUCGAUGUGGGAUCGAACAAGGGCGAUGGCUUCGUGGGGCAAAUGUUCAAAGCGUUCCUCAGCGAAGGUGACCGACGGGAAGAGUACCUUUGCAAAAUUCCACCUCUGAAUGAGGCACGCCGGCGGCAGUUUGAAACGAUGGCCAUUUUCACGCGCGAAACGUUAGCAUACAAAACGUUACUGCCAACCAUAUUCGCCCAUCAGGAGGAAAAGGGUAUCCGACGAGAGGAGGGAUUCUUUAACACUCCCAAGUGCUACCACGCCGAGUGUGACGAGCAGACGGAGGAGUCGGUCAUAAUUAUGGAGGAUUUGCGCUUGCAGGACUAUCGCAUGUGGAACAAGCUGGUACCGGUUAACUACGAUCAUGCCCGCUUGACGAUGGAGCAGCUCGGUCGUUUGCAUGCUGUUUCGUUUGCGUUGAAACGCGAUCGUCCGGAGGAAUUCGAGCAGUUUAAGGUUCCAGAUCCGUUGAGCAUAAUGAUGCCUGAAGGUGGUCCCUUCGAUGCAAUGAUGCAACAGAUGAUAGCGGACGCAACUGAAACGCUGGAACCACACGAAACUAAGGAACGCGAGAAAAUGCAGAAACUACGGGAGAACUUUCGACAGGAGAUGAAAAACUGCGCCAAUAGCGGCCUCACAGAGUCACACGCGGUUCUUUCACACGGCGACUGUUGGGUGAACAAUUUCAUGUUCCACUACAAGGAUGGUUCCCCCGAUCGAGUGGUCCUGCUUGAUUGGCAAAUUACUCGCUACGUGUCUCCUGCGAUGGAUUUAGCGUACUUCAUCUUUUGCUGCACGGACGGCGAGUUCCGGCGGCGGCAUUACGACGAAAUGAUCAACAUCUACUACAACGCGCUGGCGACGCUGCUCGAACAGCUUGGUCACGAUCCACAGCAAGAGUUCCCGCGGACUGCUCUGAUACGGCAACUGCGACGGUACGGUCGGUUUGGCAUACUGAUGGCCGUGUUUCUCGUUCCCAUGAUGUGCACACGCAACGAAGACCUGCCGGAUAUGGAUGCGGCGGCGGAAAAGUACCGCGACACAAAGGAAAUGGAUGCGAACCCUUUUUCACAGAGCACUAGCAAUAACGUGUACCGCAAGCGCAUGGGUGCCGUGAUACGGGAUUUGGUGCAAUAUGGCUACUUAUAGAUAUGAAAAGUUCAUUCAACGUUGGUUUUUACACACAUCGCAUUGAUUGGAACGCUCUGUUCCCUCACUACGUAACAAAGCGUUACUCAGACGUUUGGUCAGAUUGGAUAACAUAACAGUGUGGCUUUAGGUUAAGCAGUAUUACGAUAAGCUGAAACAAUCUUUGUCCGAUGCAUGAGUUGUUCAAAUAAAAUGCCGGAAU